CGCGCAUUCACCUGGUCUCAUGCCCACCCAUGCGAUCAUGCGUUCGAACUGCAAGCAGCCUCCUGCACGGCUGGCGGACGCCUCUGGCCCGCUUCGGGGGCUCCCCGCGCUCCUCACGCGUGCUUGAACGCCUUUGGCCCGCAGCCAGACACUAUGCCCAGGCCUUCCGCCCGCAGGGACAGCUUGAGAAGCGCAUCGCCGACAUCCCCAUCGACCGCUACCGCAAUUUCUGUAUCGUGGCCCAUGUCGACCAUGGCAAAUCGACGCUCUCGGACCGCCUCCUGGAGCUCACGGGUACUAUUGAGCCGGGUGGCCAGAAGCAGUUCCUCGACAAGCUUGAUGUGGAGAGGGAGCGCGGCAUCACAGUCAAGGCACAGACGUGCACCAUGAUCUACAACCAUGAGGGCCAAGACUACUUGCUGCACUUGGUCGACACGCCCGGCCACGUCGACUUCCGUGCCGAGGUGUCGCGAAGCUACGCCAGCUGCGGAGGGGCAUUGCUGCUUGUGGAUGCCAGCCAGGGCGUGCAGGCACAAACGGUCGCCAACUUCUAUCUCGCCUUCUCCCAGGGUCUGACGCUGGUCCCGGUACUGAACAAGGUCGACCUCCCCCACGCCGACUCGCCGCGCGUGCUUGAGCAGAUGCAGGAGACGUUUGAGCUUGACCCCGACGACGCCGUGCUCGUUUCCGCAAAGACUGGGCUCAACGUCGCAUCUCUCCUGCCCACAGUUGUCGAGAAGAUCCCUGCUCCGGAAGGCGAUCCAAACAAACCUCUCCGCAUGCUUCUCGUCGACUCGUGGUACGAUGUAUACAAAGGCGUCAUUCUGCUAGUGCGCAUCUUCGACGGCCAAGUGCGGCCUGGGGACACGAUACGCUCGUUUGCGACCAAGCUGAAAUACAUUGUGGGCGAGGUCGGCAUCAUGUACCCCGAUCAAACGCCGCAAACCGUCUUGAAGGCUGGCCAAGUGGGCUACAUAUAUUUCAAUCCUGGUAUGAAGCGCUCACAGGAAGCCAAGGUUGGCGAUACGUACACAACCAUUGGGUCUGAGAAGCUAGUCGAGCCAUACCCGGGUUUUGAAGAGCCCAAAAGUAUGGUCUUCGUGUCCGCCUUCCCGACGGACCAGGACAACCACGAGCACCUCGAAGACAGUAUUCAGCAAAUCAUAUUGAACGACCGCAGCGUUACGCUCCAGAAAGAGUCGUCGGAUGCGUUGGGUGCUGGGUGGCGCUUAGGCUUUUUGGGCACGCUACACUGCUCUGUAUUUGAGGAUCGGCUUCGUCAAGAACAUGGUGCGAAUAUUAUCAUUACUCCGCCUUCAGUACCUUUCAAGGUAAUAUGGAAGGAUGGCACAGAGUCCAUCAUCACCAAUCCCAAUGAGUUUCCCGAUCAAGACCAGGCGCACUUCAAGGUGCAAGAGGUGCAUGAGCCCUAUGUCUCAGCGACCAUUACUCUCCCGGACGAAUAUCUCGGCGAGGUCAUCAAGCUCUGCGAGGCGAAUCGUGGCGAGCAGAAGGAACUUACCUUCUUUACGGCCACACAGGUCAUCUUGAAGUACGACAUUCCCUUGUCUCACCUGGUCGAUGACUUCUUUGGCAAGUUGAAAGGCUCCACCAAGGGCUAUGCAUCUUUGGACUAUGAAGAUGCAGGGUUUCGUCGGUCGUCGAUCAUCAAGCUCAAUCUACUUGUCAACGGGUCCCCAGUGGAUGCCGUUUCCCGCGUUCUGCACACAUCACAAGUCGACAAGGUCGGACGCAUGUGGGUGGAGAAAUUCAAGGAGCAUGUAGAACGGCAGAUGUUUGAGGUUAUUAUACAGGCAGCUGCGGGGAGAAGGAUCGUGGCCAGGGCUACCAUCAAGCCUUACCGCAAAGAUGUGUUGGCCAAGCUACACGCAAAGAAGCAGAAGGAGGGAAGAAAGAAGCUGCGCGCUGUGGGAAGUGUUGUGAUUGAGCAGGAAGCAUUUCAAAAGUUUUUGGCCAAGUAA